GGGAAGAGAGGACCUGGCUACCACACUCGGGGGUUAGAGCAGUCGACUCGGUUUCCAGAACGCUCGCUGUGACAAACUUUACGUUAUUUCCCUUUUUGGGGCAACAGUAAUGUUUGGGGGUCUUAGUAUUUUGACCAUAGACCGCGAUAGUCUAAUAGAGGUUACAUCUACUUUGCUCGUUUUGUUAUUGCUGCCUUGCUGUUAACGAUAACUCGGUUCGACAACAAACUUUUUUCUGUUCUUAGCCAAAAAAAAACCACAACCCAAAACAAUAACAACAAGGCAAAUAAUAUCAAACGAAAUAUAAUACAAAACUGGAGUGGCCACUAUAAACUGUUGUCUUCAUCGGUUGAAUUGUCUUUCGGGCAGGCGUUUCAUAAGGAAGAAAUAUUAUUAUUGAGGUCCGUGACCAAUUAUUCCAUUUUCUGUGCAUAUCUACUCAGCUCUUCGUGCGAGGUUUAUCUUACAAUCAACAUGGAUAACAGCAGUACUAGUCUUCUUAAAGUAGCUCAAACCAGUGGCUUGUUAAGCGAACGCAUUACCUCAAUGCUCCUCGUUCUCAACUGGUCUGUUCUGAGCGCCACCAUCGCUGUCUUUGGCAUUGCUGCAAACAUCAUCAACAUCAUCGUCUUCAUCAAGAUGGGUGUCCGAGAAUCCGUGAACCUCUCCUUGUUGUGUCUCUCCCUGUCUGACCUCGGUAGUCUUGUCGUACUGGCCUGGAUUUCUGUGAUGUCCAACCCUUUGUUCACCUCACUAGACCUGCCGUUUAUUCCAACAGACAUGAUCAUGUUCAGUGGCAGCUGGAUAUGGAUAUGCUUUGUCAGGCCAGCAGGCGUGAUUACUGCUUUCGUGACAAUGGAGCGCUGUCUGUGUAUCAUAACACCCCUGCGUGUACACAGAAUAUUCACCCCAAAAAAGACAGCCAUUUGCCUUGCUGCUGCGUUCUUCCUUGUGCUACUGUCUUUACUCCCAGUCCACGCUUACGUGAACUUCAGUCCUAUCUUCGAUGUCCGUAAAAACAAGACGCUGCUCGGAAUAGUUUACCUCGACAAUGCUGAUGCCAUCGAACAAUUUGUUAUGAUAACAGGCGUCAUUGUGACUGCAGGCUCUGUCCUCUGCGUCUCCGUGUUCUCAGCCGUCCUGAUCCACGCACUUAUUCAGCGUCGCCGGAAGUGGAAGUGUUCCAAAAAUAGGGGCACGUCACAAACUCCGGAAAACACACGGACACAGAGCAAGGACGUCCAAGUAGCCAAAAUGAUAUUGCUCGUCGCUGCAGUGUUCCUCAUUACCUUCAUGCCCAACGGAGCCAUGUUUCUUGCCAUAGAAUUAGUCCAUGAGUUUUUCCCGGGUAGAGCUUAUUACAACCUAUUUAAUGUCUGUAUAUCUUCUUCGCAGGUCUUGCAAGGGAUCAAUAGCUCGAUAAACAUUCUACUCUACAUCAAAAUGGGUUCAAAAUUCAGGCGUACCGCCAGGGCUUUGUUUCUUUCCCCGAAGCGAACGCAGCCCAACCUUUAUUAAAGUCUAACUUUCUCAAACUAUAUUUAGUUUUGGGGGCUUGCUUUAAUAUAACAGGCUUUGCUACUCAUCUGUGGUGGAUACGUUCGAGAAUAUAGACCUAGACUUUUGUGUGUGGGGGGGGGCUGAGGUGGGGGGUCUUUGAUAAGUUAAAGAACGCUCUAUGUAUAGAAAAAGGAUUACAUGAACGAGUUUACGUAAAUCAAAGGGUAUCAUUACCAAAAAUCUAAACUAUUUAUCUAUAGUUAAAGAAACGAUCACUUCUAAUAAUACAAACCUCACAUUUGUCAUUUUGAAAAUGCUGAGAUAAUCGUUAACAUUGUGACCCAGAACGGAAGCAUGGAAAAAGGAACAGUCAAUUUUUUUUAACACGAACCUUAUGUUUGUACUUUUGAGAAUGCUUAGAAAAUCACGUGGUACAUCCCAACAACGAAGCAUAAUAAAAGAGACUGUCACUUUUACGAUGAA